UUAGAUGACAUCUGACGUGUCGUUAACUUGCGGUGUCGUGGGCUGUUUUCCUAAUUUAAAAAAAUAAACAUCCCAUAGUUUUGAAAGAAAAUGAUAAUAUGAGGCCCGUUUUUACACUUAUAGGCUUCGGUCUGUUUAUAGCUUUCGUAGGCUCAUCCGUAUGGAACUUUAUCCAGUUAUGGCAAUCUCCAAAAUGUAACCCACAUGUACAUCAGCAAUGUUUCAAGUCGUUUUUAAAUAAGAACCCCAAAUUGGACCUUUUGGUUUACGUUUCCUCUAAGUCAAGGAAUGAGAAAUAUGACUUGGUUCUAGAUGUUGAACAGUUUCAGUAUAGGGAACCUUUUGAGCAGGACAUAACUAUACCAAUUCCCAAAAGUAUUAGAGAAAAUGGAUCACUUUUCAUUCAUGUUUUGGUAAUACCAAGUGGGGAUAAACCAACAGGAAAGCAUUUUAAGACACUUGUCAAUUCUAUGAAUAAGGCCUAUGUUAAAGGUAAAUUGACAAAAUAUGCCCUACCUCAGAGCACAGUUUUUAACUUAUUAAAAGAGGAUGGCACAACUAAAAAACCAAUUCAGGAUAAAUCUGUACCUCAUAUAACGUCUAAAUUUGGAGUCACCAUGUGUACAGAGGAGCUAAAUAUACCAUACAAUGAGGUUCCUGUUGAGAUAAUCCAAGACUUUCAGGUAACUCCCAGCAAUGAAUUUCUUCCAUUACUAACCCAAGACUACAUCGGCAUGCGGUUCAAAGACUUAAUAGAAAUAGAUACCCAAGCUGAAAAUACGACAUUUAAGUUUAUCUAUACUCCAUUAUCACUAGGCAAAACAAAGAUCUAUUUUCAUGUAAGAAUGUCCCUAAAUGAAUUCCUUAACUUAGGUUUUACGGAAAAAGAUAUUGACGAAGUUAAGACGAUGAUGGGGGACACUAACCUAUUUUUAUUAUGUGCCACUUUCGUUAUAGGAAGUGUUCAUCUUUUAUUGGAUUUCCUUUCUUUCAAAAACGACGUUAGUUUCUGGAAAUCGCAAAAAUCUAUGGCUGGGUUAUCGACUAGAACCGUCUUGUGGAGAGCGUUUUCUCAAGCCGUUAUAUUCCUUUACCUGGUGGACGAAAAAACCUCUUUGCUAGUGUUAAUACCCUCUGGAAUAGCCACGAUUAUUGAGUUGUGGAAGGUGACGAAAGUAUGCAAAACAAAUAUUACAAUUUCUUGGCGAACCGGCAUUAAAUUCCAAAGAGAUUGUUCGGAAACUGCAGCUGAAGCUGAAACAAGGAAAUAUGAUGAGGAGUGCAUGAGAUACAUGAGUUACUACUUGUAUCCUCUUUGUUUUGGAGCGGCGGUAUAUUCUUUGAUGUAUCAGCCCCAUAAAAGUUGGUAUUCCUGGACAAUCAACAGUUUGGUAAACGGAGUUUACGCUUUUGGGUUCCUGUUUAUGCUUCCGCAGCUAUUUAUUAAUUACCGCCUUAAGUCGGUGGCUGCUUUACCUUGGAAGGCUUUUACCUAUAGAGCCUUUAACACCUUUAUCGAUGACAUAUUUGCUUUCAUUAUAACUAUGCCGACUGCCCAUCGUUUGGCCUGCCUAAGGGAUGAUGUCGUGUUUCUAGUCUACUUAUAUCAAAGAUGGUUAUAUCCUGUGGAUACGUCAAGAGUUGAAGGCGUCAGCGGUGAAAUAACGUCUGACCCUAAAACGGAGGAGAAAAAGGAUAAGUAAAUAAUUAAGCAAUAAGACUCAUUUGUAUACAUUCCUAGUAUUUCUUUAUUUAUUACUUUUAAAUGAAGACGCUGUACAAUUUAUUUAUUUAUUCGUUUAAAUGCUUAAAUAAUUUAUUCUUGUUGAAAGUUUUUUUGCUUGUUGGUAUAUACCUAACGAUAUGUUGUUUUUUAAUAUAUUAGGGUAUAUAUAUAUAUAUAUAUAUUGUGUUUUUUAAGACA